CCUCUCCCGGUCACAGGCGCACCUGCGCCCGGUCACCGAGCCGGCGGCGGGAGCUUCUGCGCGGGGGAAAGGAGGGGAUGGGCUUUGUCGAAGGAUUCCCGCGCGUGUGCCUAGAUAUGUUGGGAUAGAAACCCGUCAGAACACCCUAUCAGUUGCCACUACAGUUUAAUUUGGAAAAGUUUUUUAGCUCCGCCGCGGAACUUGUUAUGGGAGGAACCACCUCAGCGUAACCCCCUCACCUGGCGGCUGCUGCGCACCCUCAGGCAGAGACUGUCCGGUUCGCAAGCACCGGCGGGGGGCUCCCGGUCUUCCCCGUGAGCCCCGUCCCUCCACUCCAGCCAAGCCGGCUAGGCUCCCCCUCUCUGGUACUGCCCGGAUUUGUGUCGCUCCUGAUGCGGCGGCGCACCCAGGAGAGAAGAGGCUCUUUUUGUCCUUCUCGUUAGCUUCAGCCAAGAGGAAAUAUUUUUUUUUUAUUUUAUUUUCCCCCUAAUAUCACUAUUUAAUGGAGCGGGAAAAGCAUAUUUCCUGCCCCGCGCUAAUUAUAGCGCGUCCUCCACCGCGCUGCCCCUUCCGUUCCCAAGCGGCCGGCGAGCCCCCGGAGCCCGCGCUGCCGGCGCACUCGCUCCGCAGCUUCUCGGGUACUCCGCUGCCCGAGAGGAGGCCUCCCAUCCCAGGAACAUGGCCCACGCCGGGCUUCCGUUCCUACAGGCGGCGCCCGGGCUGGGGGCCGGGACCAUGCGCCCAGCGCGGCGCUGAGCCCCGCGGCGGCGAAGCGGAGCCCUCUCCUGCCGGCAGCCCCCGACCUGCGAGCGAGCGGGGCCGCGCCCGCCGCCGCCGCCCAUGACCCUGCGCUCCGCCGAGCCCCUGGAGAGCGCGGAGAGCUCCGGGGAGCGCUGGGGGCGCCCCGGGGCGGCGGCGCCCGCUGCCGAGGAGUGCCGUGAGGCGGAGCAGCUGGCCGCGGCUAUGGAGGAGCUGCGGCGGGCAGGAUGGUACUGGGGCAACAUGACUGUUGCUGAAGCCAAAGAAAGGUUACAGGAUGCCCCUGAAGGGACCUUUUUGGUUAGGGAUAGUUCGCAUUCAGAGUAUCUACUGACUAUAUCAGUAAAAACGUCAGCGGGACCGACCAAUCUACGUAUAGAAUAUCAAGAUGGCAAGUUUAGACUGGACUCUAUCACUUGUGUCAGAUCUAGACUUAAACAGUUCAACAGCGUUGUGCAUUUGAUUGAGUACUAUGUUCUUAUGUGCAAGGAUAGAACUGAAACACCUUCAAAUGGAACAGUUCAUCUUUACUUGAACAAACCCCUCUAUACAUCUGCUCCAUCUCUGCAACACCGCUGCAGAAUAGCUAUAAACAAGAGCACAAAUCAGAUCUGGGAGCUGCCAUUACCAACAAGACUAAAAGAGUACCUGAAAGAAUAUCAAUACCAGGUAUAAAUAUAUUUUCUAAAUGCCUCUAACACAGAGUAACUUUUGAAUGCAAUUCUUAAAAUCAGCCAAAGAACUGAGUAACCAGUUGUACAACUCAGCAUGGAAUUCACUAUCAAAACAGUGGCAGUUCUGGGGGAAAGGUUUUUAUUUCAGAUGCUACAAAGGGAGACUUUAUGUAAAAUAAUCCCAGUGUGCAUCCUUGGGGGUUCAACAAGGUGGCAUGCUAUUCUUGCAAGGAGAGAGAAUUGAGGAAUCUGUCCAGAUUGUGUCACUCUGUCAAUAAAAUGCUGCACUAUCAAAUGCUUACUGAAACAGUGGGACCGGGAGAGACUUCAUAAGUGGUCAGAGACAUAUGAGAGUUUACAAGUAUCUCAGCUGUCUGAUUCCAAGAUUAAUUUGGUGCUGGCGUUCAUAUAAUCCUAAAAGCUUAACUAGAUCACACUGUGAUAAUCUUGCUAAAGUUAUGCAACUAAUCAAAUCCAGUCAGAAAAAUGAUCAUAUACUCAGUUUUUGUUGAACUACUCUCCUGCUUUUCUGCAAGCAAAGGAGUACUGUAAGUAAUCAGUCUAGAACAUUGUUUUUCAAAGUUUUUUGAAAGCUGACCUUAAGAAGAAAUGCCACAUCUUUCACAGGAACCCAGUAUAUUACUGAUUAUACCAGAUUGGUAUCUCAGAAUCUUUAAUGUGUCAACAUCUUCACAGUGUUGAUGUAUCCAUGCCAUUAUAUUUAUUAAGCCUCUUUUGGUUGAGGCUUUAGAACUAUAUGCUUCAGACUUGCAGUUCCAAUGUCAAAACAUGGGUAUCAGCAGUUACAUGUGUCUUCUACAGUGUAGAAUGUUUUCUUCAGCCUGUUUCCCAAAAUAUGGGGAAAUACAAUGUGGAUUUUUUUUAUAGAGGGUUGGUUUUCAUUUUUUUUCUUUUUAGUUUUCUUUUUUCUUUAUUUUAUUUUAUUUUAUUUUAAUUUUAUUUUUUAGCUUCCAAUUCACCAUUGUAGCUAUCAAUGAUUAUUCAAUAAAGUAAAUCAAAGUGCACAACAAUCUCCCAAUCUUUGUAUGUACGGAUUUGCUACUAUUCAGGAAAGAGUGCUCUUAUAUAGGAACUUAUAUAAUUUCCCAGCUAAUACUCACAUAAAUGCACAUGUAUCAGUGAGGAUGAAUAACCCUGCUUUGCCUUUGUGGUGCUGCUCAAAAGUAUAGCUGGAUUACAUUCAGAUUAGUGGCUUAGAGGCUGCCUGCUGAAUUCCUGUAGUUGGGUAUUAGCACAGGACAUUGCUUUUUCUGUUAUAGUAGUCUUCCAAACAGGAAGAGGGGACUAAAACCCUCAGUACCUAUUCUUCAGCCCAAAGGUAAAGUAUUUAAUAAAAGAAAUACACAGGAUGAGAAAAAUGGGAAAGCAGUAAAGAGAGAAACAAGGACAUAGACUCACCCUUAGUCAACAAAUUAAAAGUUUUAAUUCUUUCCCUAGCUUAUUUGUUGAUUAAGCAAAGACCUGUGCUUGAACAAGGAGGGUUGUCAAGACUUGCUGUAAUCUAGCUUUGCCCAGGCUGAAAUAGAAACAACACAAAAUAAUCUUGUUUUCCUUGUGACUUAACUGCUCUGUUGUACUUUCAAGAUCUGUCCCUUCUCAUAAACUCUGGGGCCCUGACCAGCUUAUUUGUUGCAUCUAAACUCCCAGUGUUACACACUCAGUUUUGUCUGUAACAUGCUGACAGAAAUGAGUGGCAGAGCCAUUGAGAAAUAGAAGGCACCAAGAACGUGAGGCAGAGUGGAUGGUUCCUUGAUAGGACAUAUACUUGAUAUGUUCUUGUUCUUUCUGUGGAAAACGGGUUUCUACUCCUCCAUUGCACAAAUUUUCUGUCCCCAUUUUAAACUCAAGCUUUAGUAUAGAAAUGGGAGGAGUUUUGAUCGGAAAAACAAACCAAAAUAUUUUGUUAUGUAAAAUUUUCCCCAUGUCUUGCCAAGAUGUAUUUGGAAGUUUUUUACAUUAUAAGGUGGCCACUUUUUGGUUCCCAUGCCCAAAGAGCUCUUGUGUUCUAGGUAUGUGUCAUAAUUACAUGGUUCUUGUCAUCAGUCUUGCUAAGAUCUGCCACCCUCAGGCGGAGGAGCUUUUCCUGUGAGCAGAGCCUGUCAAAAAACUGUGUUCCUGUGAACACUUUUCAUUCUGAUGAAACUUUUCUUACAGUUCUUGUCUAGCUCUAGCCUGUGGUGAGAGAACUGCUAUAUGGAAUAAGUUCCAUCACAGUGACAGACUAAUCUGCUGCUGUGUUACCAUUCUACUGCUGUGCCUUUUCAGCCAGGCUGAUAAGCUUGGGGUCUCUAUGGUAAACACAUUCUACUAAGGACCUUUAAAACAAAUCCCUGCGGGUUUAACAUCAUGAAUACCAGUGCUGGAACAAGCAGACUGAGAAGACAAGAGCUUUGGGGUGCAAUGAGACCGCUAGGCUGCAAACUCAAGAAAUGAUUUGUGGCUUGCUGGUGGCAGACUGUGAGCAGUCACAGGUCAAGUGUACCCCACAGCAGAGCCAAGCUCUGAGGAACAACAAGGGGCAGAUGCAGGGAAGCUUGCUGGUUUUUUAAUAACAGUUCUCCAAAGCACAAGGGCAAAUGGCAGGCUGAGAACAAGCAGUGCUGGCAAAGUGAAAGGUGGUGAUUCUUGUAACUAAUCAAGUUACUGUGAUGUGGAAUCAAGUCACCAAACACUGAGCAUAUUGACCUAGAUUUCAUACCAUUUGUAUUAGUUCCUGUGAGGAAAAGUAGGCUCUGUAGCUGUAGUGUGCUCAAAGCUGUGAACAAUAUUUUAAACAGACUGGAGGGGGAACUAGUCCUCUUUGUAUGAAAGCACAGUUCUCGUCCUCAUUAGGAUGCCAGUCCUAGGGUUGAUGCAUUGCACUAGUAAAACUAAACCACAGUAUAGCUUGCAGAAAGCUUGGCUUCUUUCUAAUGCAGCACAGAGGAAUGACUUGUUCUGGUACAAAAAAUCUGAUGAUAGAACAUGAUUAGAUUUCAGUGCUACAAAGAUCUUGCAUGAAGACUGUGUGAAUUUUCAGACAUAAAAUUUUCAGACAUGAUGUUCAAACAUUUAAAAAAAUUUUGAGUGGCUUUUUUUUUCUUUACCCUAUGGAUGUUGCAGCUUGUUUGCAGCACUAGCUUUUAAAUUGUGAGCCCUUCAGAUUAUAAAAAUUACUUCUAACUGAUAUAUAUCAUCUUGAAUUGCUAGUGCAGAGUGUGCAGCAAAGCCAGUUUCACAGGUUCAAUGUCCAUGAGUCAACCAAAAAUCAUGAUAAGGACUUUAAUUCUAAGCCUUCUUUCACCCCAUGUGUUGGUUUGGUUUUUCUUUUUUGAGUCUUUGAGUCUCAGAUUUUCCAGUUUGUACCUGAAAUGUUAGAAAACCUCAUCAAUUUACUUAAAGAGAACAUAUAUAUAAAUGUAAUUGCAAGAUGAAUGAUGAAAAUUGAAUUGGUGAUAGUAUUUAGUUUAGCACUAAACCUAGCAGAAGUGUAAACUAGGAAAGUAUUUUAGUUGUAUGGGUAUCUUCCUGCUGGUAGUAUUAUCACUGGAGACAGAAAAUGGUUUGAGCACAAGAUGAAUGGAUAGAGUGGGAAUGUAACCAAGCAGUUGUGUUCAUUGCAUUAGAAGUAAUUUUAUUUUAAUCUUAUCUUGUCAUUAUUGUCCUAAUAAUAUUUUAUGUAACCACAUUCUAGAUAAACAAAUAAAAAUUAUUAGGAAGAAGGAAAAAUUGUUCACCAGAAUAUGGGGAGCAAAGGUUUUUUUUUAUAUCUUACAACAAUGAGGAAUUUACUCCUAUAAUGAGAGUAAGUCUUAUCAUCUUGAGAAAACAGAAUCUACAUAUGACAGGUGGGGACAGAGUUCUGUGGUUGUGUGGAUUUCUGUACCUUAGCCAACUCUCAUGUUUUAGUGAAAUGUUCCUGCAGGUAAAUUACCUUGUAAAACAUUGUUUUAAAAACUUUAUUUACUUAUACGCUCUAUUCAAGAGCUUUUUCUUGUAUUCCUGAUAACAAUCCUAUUGAUUUUUCCUUUGGCUAUAAUCUUAGUUACUGGAAAGUAAGUCAAAUGAUAUCAGGACUUUGCUCUCCUUAAGCCAAAACACAUAAUGGAACUGGGAAGAGAUAUCUUUAGACAUGGGUAUCAUGUCUAAGAGUCAUUUAAAAUAAAGUAAAAUAAAAUUUCUGCCAACUUUGCAGUCAUUAAAAUAAUUUUAAAUAUCGUAUUUACUGCUAGAGGAAACCAUGGCUUGAGGGGUUCUAAAAACUGUAUUGCUAAUUCUCAAUAACAGUAACAAACUUUGUUGAAAGAAGAAAUUUUAUUUUGAAAAUGUAGAAAUUAAUGAAAUUUUUACUAUCUAAACCAAAGGAUUUCUAAAUAGAAUAAGUCAAAGUUAGUUGAAAGGUCUGAGCUGGUUAGUUCUGUAUACACAAAGGAAGUGAGGAUGACAAGCUGCUUCGGUAUCUCAGCCUAGCUCCUGAAAAGCACUUCUCUAUCAGCAUUAGAUUCAGCAGGUCUCAGUAUUUUGCCAAGCCAUUAGUAUGACUGAAAAUGCCUGGAAAGAACAUUCCACUGACACAUAACUUCACCAUGGUCUGUUUACAACAACAUGGCCAUUUGCCACAGUAUUACUGAAAUGGGGUCGUUUACACAAUAGGCUGAAUAUCAGUCAAAGGAAUGGCGAGGCAGAGUUGAUCCAGGUGCUGGCCAUCACUGGUCCUUAUCCCCUGACUUAGAGAGCACAAACUAGGUGAAACACAGCUGCCAGGAACAAGAUGAGAAAAUAUUCUGCUUUUGAAGGAGGGAAUUACUUGUCUGGCUUUCAUGUCUGAGAAGGGACUGAAGGGAAAGGAUAUGGAAAAGCCAGCAGCUCCUGUGAGAGGUGGUACUUCUCACAAGGUGUAUCAAAUAACUAACCACCUGGAUGAGCACAAUGCUGAAAGGUGUACUAGGAGAGAUUAAAGGUCAUGGGGAAUAACUAGGAUCAGUACAGUUUGAAUCCACACACAGAAAAAGUCUGGCUAGAUAGCUCAAUUUUGAGAAAAAAGAAAAUUAGCUUAUAGCAAACUCAGUGCUGUCCUGGUGCCAGGGUUACCAAGCAGGAGAGGGACUGUGUUUAUUGAUCAGGUUAUCUAAAGGGCUUUAAAUUAGCCAGUGCCUUUGAGAAAGUCUAUAGAAAUACAAAAAUAUAUCACCAUAAUUAUGCUGAUUAAGCUGCUUGACAAAUUGUGUAUCUUAUUCACUUAGAUUCUAUUUUUAAAAAGGGAUUGCACUUGAGUUUCAUUUUGUUUUCUUCCAGAAUUGGAGCCAUUAUUUUUCCAGGAACUGAAAUACCAAAAUAAUACCACUCCUUUUUUAUGGUAUUAAGGAGGAAUAUAAUGCUGGAGCAAAAGUCAUUUAUAUUAGCAUAGGGAAUGAGCUGGCAUUUAGUAAGAAAAACUUCAAACCGGUAAAUCCAGAAAAAGUGUAGUGAAUGCUGCAAAGAACAAAAUACACUAAAAAAACCCAAGCAAACAAAUUCAAUGCUUGUGUCUUGAUUUCUCUUUCACUGGAGGGCAGGGUUUAUAUAACUAAAUCCUUUUGAUUCCAGUCAAACUGUUCUGUAACUGAUGUUUCAUAGCUGAGGUUUGCAACUUGGUGCGCUGUUAGCUAACAAAUAGUAAAUGCAGAGGCAUGCCAGGCAUGGGGAAAGAUAUAAAGCCCAGUGCAAAUUCUUCUUUUGAAGUUAUUUGUAUCAGGCUUGAUAACAGGAUUUUAUGAAGAAUAGUUGUAAAUGUGGUAGCUGAAAGGGGGAAAAUCCCCUUUCAAAAUGUUUUGUUACAAUUUAACUGUAUCUCUUUAGGUUGCAGCCCUGAAAUAGGAUCUGUUUGGCUGAGUCGCUGUACCCAUACUCUGUCUCAGGGGGAACCUCCAAAUUUGAGAGAUUGCUCUGGACCUUUUUUAAACACAUUUGCUUUUUUCUUACCCUGACACAUCUGGAGGGCAGAAUAAGUUGUGGAUGAGCUUUUACUGUUCAAGGGAUUUUUAGCUGGUUGAUUUUCUGUAGGAAGAGCACUAUUAAAGACUGAGCUGCAAUUUAUCCAUCUGUAAAGUGGGCGGUGGACUCAACAUUCUGUAAUUUCUCAGCACGGGGUGAAAAGUGGCUUAUACUACAAAUAACAGAGAUAGGAACUUAAGCUGCAAUGAGGGCAAUACCUUUGACUGGUUGCACUACUAAAAAGAGAAGGAAGUAAGUUAGGAAAGUGAGAUCCUUGUCUAGCUAGAUUGCAGGGGAUGUGGCACAGCUCCUUCCUCAGCUGGAGUGCUUCAGACGUGUGUUUUCUGUAAGAAAAGCUGUUUGUGAGAAGCUUUCUGGAAAUUCAUCUGUUUCUUUUAAUUCCCCUGACAGAGAUUGCAGUGCCUACUGCAGGAUGCUUCACUAGCUUGCAGGCAGGCAGCUUUCAUUUUGAAAGG